UGAAGAUCCUGUCUACCCGGCCGCUCUUUCGGCUGAUCAUCCAAAUCGGUUGCAGCUCUAGCGGAGCCGCCAUGUCACAAGCACAAGGUGUAUGAAGAGAUGGGGAGCGUUGCAGAGGAGUGGGAUGCAGGCGAUGACCCUCAUUUUCCGGGAUGCCAAGAUUCCAAGAUCUCAAUGGCUGGCUGGCGUUGCAGUAGAACAUGAUGCAUAUGUCCAUAGCCCAAAGCUUGCAGGUGCACGAGGAAUCAACAAGGACUUCUACAAGACUAAUUAUUGGUGUGCACACUGCCAGUUCUGCCGAAGUUCACGCAGGUGAAGUCACGCAUGUGAGUGGAGUUCCGAAGUUCAACAUAGGCUCCAAUCUGAAUGGCUGUGGCAUGCUGUGGCUUCGGCUUUGUGAAAAGCAAUCGCGAGGAGCAAGGAAACACAACGAUAUCACUUACUCACUUUGCUGCUUUCUGCUAUACUAGUAACUAUAAGAGCUUGGGUGUUGCGUCGGCUUGGUGCUUCUAUGUUUAUUGUGUUUGUGAAAGGCCCCACCAUGCAGACCCCAACCCUGCAAGACUGAAGAGAUUCAGGAGUGUGAAGAAAGGUGAGCAAGAGUUUGCUGAGGUCCGGCCCUUUGUGUGAUCAGGGCUCCGGCCACCUGCUCCUGUGAAGAAAAGGUGAGCAAGGGGCUCCGGCCAACGACUGCUGCAGUGUGAAGAAAAGGUGAGCAAGAGGCUCCGGCCACCACAAGAAAGAGGUAUUGCCAUGCAGGGGCUCACAGGACAGCACAGGACCUGCAUUGGCAUCAUGGAAGCAAAGGCUCCGGCCACCGAGCUUUCAACACGAGCCGUUCAACCACCAAACAUUAUCACUAGAAUGAUACCUUAGGGUGUAAGGAGGCUGAGGUCUAACAUGAUUGAACUUUCAAGACCGCUGGAAUAUAGAUUUCCUAAUUCACUAUAGACCCCUUAUAUGUUGCGUGGGUUUUUCACACUCGAACAUUUGUGCCCUGAGCUUUUCACUUUAGACCUUAUGACUGUGUUCCACUUCUUGGAGUGACCCGUGUCUUUCAGAUUCGACUCGACCAAGUUUCAGGGAACAAGAAACUCUGCACAGAGAGAGCGAGGCAUCUCCGAACACGUCCAACAGGAACACAACCGACCUUUUCUUUUUCUCUUGACCUAGAUCUUACUCAGACAAAAAAUUCUAAUGUCCUGGGAAUUCACCCAGUCAUACAUCCCUGCUACCCAGCCUUCCUCUUCCAUAGGUGCACUCUUGCCUGUGAUUGCUGCGGCUGGGUCUAAAUUGGUUCCCUUAGGCAUGAACGAAAGUGCAGUUUCGGUAGAAGUCCUUGACUUCUAUAUCAGACCCUUGGUGGGUCCAGGAUAGUUCCCCAGAAGCACAAACUGAACAACAUCUCCGCUGAAGAUCAGUGCAUUCCAUGUCAAUCCGAACUACCUUUUCCAUGCUCUGUCUGCU